UACCGGGACAGAAAGUCCUUCUGUCUGCGCAGGUUCAGCAUGCUGUCAGGCCGUCUGCUCUGCCGUCCUGCUGCCAGUGAAGGAGCAGCGUUUGACUGUGAAACUGUCGUGCAGUCGGUCACCGUCCUCGGGCUGAAGAGCAAACCGUCCACGGUGCUCGUGCACGUGUCAGGUGAGGACACCUCCGCUGCGUUUGAGUACUCGGAGACCUGCAGCUCGCUGACGGUCGGCGGCCUGAAGCUCAGAGUGGCGACAGACUGGGACAUAAAGUUUACAGGUUAACUGUCGUGUGACGCUGAUUUUUCUCUGGGUUUCUUUUUCGUGUGAAGCUGUGAGAAUAUUUUUUUUAGCAAUAAAAAAGCGUUAAAUAAAUAAAAAUAUAAAAAAU